AUGUCGCGCAUAUUCAUAAGAACGAUGUGUACUGCAGUUAAGUCUAUAAAUACACCCGUGCCAGUAUUUGGGAUUGGAGGUCGAUAUGUUGCUGCUUUAUAUAGUGCAGCGCUCAAAAUGAAGCAAAUUGAUGAGGUAGAGAAGCAUAUGCGUUCUCUGCAAAAAGAAUUGAUUAAGCCAAAUGUAAUCGACUUUUUAGAGACAAGUAUGGUUUCAUCAGCAAAAAAGGCAAAAUUAUUAAAGGAAGUUGGGGAAAAAACAGGAAUGCCUCCAGUAGCUAUUAAUUUUUUGGUUGUUGUUGCCGAGAAUGGCCGUUUGAAACUAUUAAGACGUAUGAUAAAUACGUUCCUUGCAAUAAUGGUGGCCCAUAGAAACGAGGCUUUAUGCGAAGUGAUAACUGCGAAACCGCUUGACGAUGCAUCACGUAAAGUAUUGAUGGAUGCAUUGAAAAAGUUUGUCAAAGGAAACAAAAAUAUACAAUUGACAGAGAAAGUUGAUCCCGCAAUCAUUGGAGGUGUAAUCGUUGGGGUGGAAGAUAAGCACAUCGAUUUGAGCAUUGCGCGAAAAAUCCAAAUGUACACUGAUAUUUUGAAACAAGCUGUG